AUGGAUCCUUCGUCUAACGACGAUGGACCUGAUUCCUCGUCCAUCCGACCUGUUUCUUCGCUUCUUGCCAAGUUCGAGAACUUGAACAAAACUGAUGUCCUCUCUCCCUCUGCCUCGCGAACUGCGUCCCCCGUUCCAGGAGCCCCGGCCCCAGCGCCAAAGCCCGGGCGGUUACGAGAUGUCAGUCCCUCGACCAUCACAGGUGCGCGCGAACCUCCGCCGGUCCCCCCAACCCGUCCCAAGGACAGGUCGAGCGAUCGAGAUGCGAGCCCCUCCACUGUAGGCGCGCGAGAGGCUCCUCCUGUCCCGGCUCGUCCCAAAGACCGGCUGGACAACCUGAGCGACCGCGAUCCGAGUCCUUCAGGCCCCAGCGCACGUGAACCCCCUCCGAUUCCAGUUCGACCUAAGGACAGACUGGGCGACCGUGAUACGAGUCCCUCGGCCCAAGGACCGCGCGACCCUCCUCCUGUGCCUGCCCGGCCGAAGGACCGGCUGAGCCGAGAUGUGAGUCCUUCGACCCAGGAACCCCGGGAAGCGCCUUCUGUUCCUUCAAAUCGCCCCCGGGAUCGGCUCAGCAUCGUAAACAUGCCUUUUCCAGCCCAUGCCAGCCCUGGCCCUGCUCCAUCCCCGACUCGCCCUGUUCCGCCGACACCUCUCAGCCCGCGCUCCGUCCAAGCUCCGCCGUCGUUCAACAUCGAACCUCCUCAAUCGCCCCCGAAACGAGGACCCUCAUUAGCUACUGGCGACCGUCCUGCCUUCGUCAGCACGGAUUCCUUGGUCAAGUCUACAUCUCCCUCUUCCUCCACAGUUUCCACGGCGAAUCCUUUCGUGGUGCCGAGUCGCCCCCUGACACCAGCGUUUGAACCACGAAAAUCCCCCCGAAUGCCGCCCUCACAGCCACCUUCUCCGCCGCCUCCUAGGAGAUCUGCCGAGCUAAGGCGAGACCGCGAGCUUAAGGAACUCAUCGCGAAGCCUGUCCCUCCCCCAGUAAACCGUGCAGAGAAGCCUUUGAUUGGAGCAGCUCGUUUCUCCUUGUUUCAGCCCAGUAAACCCAAGGAGGCAUCCCCCUCUCUUCCACCCCCUAAUGACAGAGUAUCGCCGUUCAGCAGUCCGCCACGAAAUAGUAGGGAGAGGUUUAGUGACGACGACGCUCCUCCUGCCUUGCCAGCACGACCAAAGGCGCAAUUGGACAAGUUCAAACGAGCAAGUACAUUUGAUGUCACAGUUGAUUCGUUCGAACCUCCGCCAAUCCAUCCUUCUCUAGCAAACAGGAGGGCAGAGAGGGACGGUCUAAACGGCACAUCAAGGAGUCCAGCUACGUCACAUCCCGCCAACGACCAGCCGCCGACAUUACCAGCACGACCACAAAGCAUGAUAGAGACAAGUCGUGGCGCCCCUGUGAUGCAGGCUCCUCCCCCACGUCCUCCCCGUCCUGGUGUUAAUACCAUGCAUCAUUCUGAGCUCAAUGGAGCAUCUGCAACUCCCCAAAAACGCAUUGUUUCAACACCUACGACUCAAGCCCCUCCGCCCCUGAUCCCAAGACUCAAUGGCAACUCUGUGAGCGCAGGCCAUGGUGGGCUGCCAGAUCGUGUACCACCGACUAGGACUUCGCUCGAUCUCCGACCAUCGCCUUCAGUCCCUGCAACCCCGACUGAGACUCGUCGUUCAUUUGAUGGGCCAGCUUCAGGGAUUUCUAGGUCAGAAACUAUGACGACAAUCACGGCAACGUAUCCAGAUACCUCAAGGGUAAAUCGUAGCAAACCCUACAUCAGCAAAGGCGUACAUGAAAUUGCCACAAAUUACGACAGCAGGGUAUUCGACGUCUGUGGUGCUUUUGUCUGCACUACCGGCAAUUACACCAGAGCAUGGAGUUUACUGGAUGGCGAGUUGGUGAUGAGUUUUGCCAUGGGAGAGGGUCUCAAGGGAACUUCUGUCAUCUUCAGGCCGGGAGAAAACGUGGAUGAAGAAGGCAAGAGGAUUUGGAUCGGCAAUAAUAAUGGCGAGAUCUUAGAAGCCGAUAUCUUGUCGCAAAGCAUUACAAACAGCAGGCCAGGCGCCCACGGACGUAAUGAAAUCAUCAAGAUGUACCGGCAUUACAACGAGCUCUGGACACUGGACGAUGCUGGGACCUUGCACGUAUGGGGCCCUGACGAUCGAUACGUACCCAACCUAUCCUUGGGACCGACGCAAACAUACCGCGUACCCAAGGGGCACACAUUCUCUAUGGUUGUUGGGGACGAGCUCUGGCAUGCAACAGGCAAAGAAUUGCGAGUCUUCCAGCCUACCUUGGACGGACAGACUCAGUUCCAGGUCAUAAUGAGGCCGUUCAUCCUGGAUAACGCUGGUGACGUGACAGCGGGCACUACGCUAGCGUCGGACCCAGACAAGAUCUUCUUCGGUCACAGCGACGGCAAGAUCAGCAUUUACUCGAGGAAGAGCUACACAUGCCUGGAGGUAUUGAAUGUCAGUCAGUACAAGGUCACCUCACUGGCUGGUGUUGGUCAGUACAUGUGGGCCGGUUUCAACUCAGGCAGGAUGUCAGUAUUCGACAUGAAUCAAAGCCCCUGGCUCCUCAAGAAGGAUUGGCAGGCGCACAAGCACCCUGUGUUGAAACUUAUUGCCGACCCGGCCAGCUUCUACAAGCUCGAUCGCUACCAGGUUGUGUCGUUAGGUGCCGACAACACCUUGCGCACCUGGGACGGGCUGCUGCAGGAUGACUGGCUUGAGGGAGAGAUGAAGCGUCGCGAUACGGAAUAUUGUACAUUCGAGAAGAUCAAGGCCCUGGUCCUGACUUGGAAUGCCGGCGCGUCGACCCCCCAUAGCUUACGCUACUCCGAAACGGAUGCAGUCUUUAUCCGAGACUUGCUCCAGAGCAGCGGCUCGCCCGACAUCAUUGUCUUUGGCUUCCAGGAACUCGUCGACCUCGAAGACAAGACAGCUACUGCAAAGCGAUUUCUUAAGCCAAAGAAAAAGGAGGGCUCAGACCAGGAGCGGAUGAGCCAUCAGUAUCGCGACUGGCGCAACUUCCUGGCGCAAAGUUUGGACGACUACAUGUCAAACAGCGGGCUCUACCACAUCCUGCACACCGCACCUCUGGUCGGCCUCUUCACCUGCAUCUUUGUCAAAGCGGACCUGCGUGAGCGUAUCACCAACCUAAGCAGCGCCGAGGUCAAGCGUGGUAUGGGCGGUCUACAUGGCAACAAGGGCGCUGUCGUGGUGCGCUUUAUGGUUGACGACACCUCACUGUGCUUCAUCAAUUGCCACCUGGCUGCCGGCCAGGGGUCGGCCAACCAGCGACACAACGACAUCGCAGCGAUCCUGGAAGCCAAUCUGCUUCCUCCCGAGCGUGAUCCCCAGAAACGCAUCGACUCAUACGUCGGUGGUGGCGACGGCUCUAUGAUUCUCGAUCAUGAGUUGUGCUUACUCAACGGCGACCUCAACUAUCGGAUCGAUACCAUGAGCCGUGAUACGGUCGUUGCAGCGGUCAAAGCCGGGAACCUGGCUAAGCUUCUCGAGAGAGACCAGCUGCUUGUUGCACGCCGGCGCAAUCCGGCCUUCCGUCUACGCGCCUUCGAAGAGCUGCCUAUCGCGUUCGCGCCCACGUACAAGUAUGAUGUUGGUACGGACAAUUACGAUACUAGCGAGAAGCGUCGCAGCCCCGCUUGGUGUGACCGUCUACUGUUCCGCUGUGGCAAUGGAAGAGGGCGUAUCGAGCAGAUCGACUACCGUCGGCAUGAAGUGCGCGUAUCGGAUCACAGACCCGUCAGCGGACGGUUUCGGUUUCAUGUCAAAAAGAUAGAUUACAAGAGAAGAGCUGUGGCAUGGAUGGAGUGCCAGCAACAGUGGGAGGAUAUCAAGGCGGCGGAAUUGGAGAAGGGAAAGCUUCACUAUUUAAUGAAUGUCAUUGGCUACGACAAAGCCACCGCUCAACAGAUUAUCAAGGAGCGGGAGGCUAGAAAGAUCCAUAGGAGCCCAAGCAGGCAUGCUGGGUGA